AUGGUUUCUCAUGUCGAAUGUUGUGCAAUUGAAAUGCCAGAGGUCAGUGAUAGCCUUCGUAAGAACAUUUGGUGCAUACUAGAGUGGCGUGGAAAACUAUUAAUUGUUGAGAUAUGCCAUCGCAAUGAUGAAUUUGGGGAAAGCUUUGUUGAGGUUAGAGUAUUUGAGGCAGACUUGAGCACAAUCCCUGUAAGAUUAACUGAGAUUGAGAGCUUGGAUGGCGACUGCAUCUUCAUCAGCCCAUGCAGCAGCAAGUCAUUCCGUCCGUGUCAUUAUGGUGAAGGUGGAGGUGAAGGUGAUCUUAUCUAUAUCUUUUUGUUGGGUCACCUCCACCGAUUUGUGUACAACAUGAAAGAUGGUACUAUGGCACCAUUUGCUGCAGACAUACCAGAGGACAAACUUGGGGAAGUAGAUGGUAAAGUGAUGAAUUCAACAUUGUUAUUUCCUCCUGAAUGA